AUGAUCGCGGAUACUUCGGGUCCUUUGAUGGCCGCCUAUAGAAAUCAUCCGGAAAGCGCUAUCACAGAACGUACGGUGAACGCUAUAAUGUCCACCGUUGGGGACUUCAAAGUGACCGAGCUAGCGGAGACUACGUAUGCUUUGUUGGCCGAUUACCGAAAUCGUUGA